GAAAUGUGUUGGUUGUGCUCGUUGUCUGUGAGCGCAGGAACAAUAGCGGCACAGACCGCUCUUAUUAAAUAAACAUAUUUAAACAGACAAGACUGUUUCUUUAACGAUGGAGGAGUAUAAUUCGGGAGACGAGGUGGUGUUUAACACCGAUGAGGCCAGCACCUCAGUCAAAGAGUGCAUCGAAGGGGUCAUCGGCGGAGCAGAUUACAAUCAGAGCAAAGUGAACCAGUGGACCGCCAGCAUAGUGGAGCAUUCUCUGACUCACCUGGUUAAACAAGGGCGGCCGUUCAAAUACAUCGUAAAUUGUAUCAUCAUGCAGAAGAGUGGCGCUGGUCUGCACACCGCAAACUCCUGCUACUGGGACACGGCCACGGACGGAAGCUGCACAGUCAGGUGGGAGAAUCGCUCCAUGUACUGUGUGGUCAGUGUCUUUGCUGUUGCUGUGACACUGUGACGUUCCAAAGCCACAUGUGCUAAAAAAAAAAACCUUUUAAAUUAAAAUGGUGGAUGAACACAGUGGCCAGAAAAUCUUGAAGAACCUAUCAGACAGCACUGAAUUUAACCCUCAUUUGUAUAAGGCUUAUUUUAGCUUCUCUCCCAAAUGUGAGGAUGUGCAGAUGUGUCUGGGAGAAAAUGUACUGUCAUGGACCAAUUUAUUUGUUGAGUAUGGGUUUUCAACACUUGAAACAAAUGUUUUUGACAUCAUUACAAGAUGGUAAGAUGUUUUCUCAGUGUAGAACUUUGAGUUGUGAUUCUCCUCUCCAGUACUUUCCCACAUAAUACAGAUUAUUUUUAUUCAGAUAUCUGCAACAAAAAAACCAUAGGCAAGUUUGCUAUUUAGAGAAAAUGCUGUUUUAUUUGAUGUGACUGUUGUACAUUGUCAUAGUGUCAUUACGUGUCUGAUUCUAGUGUAAUAGUACAAACACUGUCCAGUCGUGUGACUGUCCUAAUCUGAGCAAAAUACAGAACUUCAUUUUGAAGCCUGCAGAAACUUUUUAUUUAUUUAUUGUCUUUAUUUACUUAUUUGUUUUUUUUAAAAAAAGGUGCUCUAAAUGAUAUUUUAAAAUGUUUUGAUUAAAAAUGUGAACCCCAUCCUGUGAAAUAGUUUCCCCUCUCAAUGUUUAUAAAGAAAAGAAUAGUUCUCACUGAAUCUUUUCAGAAAUUUAUCCAAAAUCCACAUUUUCCUCCGACCAGGACUGUAGUUUAUCAAUAAUGAACAUGUAUUUGGCUUUUCCCACGUAGAGAUGUUGGACCUCCAACUGGUCUUCCUUCUGACUGAUGAGAAGCAGGGAGGGUCGGGGAGGAGUGGCCGAGGAGGUCCUGAAAAAUAAGCUAUUUCAACAUCUAGUGACGGCAAAAUCAUUUAUAGCACCUUUAUUUUGUUGAUGAGUAUCCAGCUUUCUGUGAAAUAUUUGAAGAUGCCAUUUGGAAUCUAGAAAAUUAUUAAUUUCUGGAGGGGGGUAUUAUUGUUUUGUUAAAUUAGUAAUUGAACCAAUAUUUGACAGAUAAGACUAUAUUUAUGUUGCAGCUCUGGUGUUGAGUUCACAGAGGUUAUAUUAAAGAUUUGUUAAAUAUUUAAUAUUGUCCUU